CAGCUGCUCCCUGGGAACAACUUCACCAACGAGUGCAACAUUCCAGGCAACUUCAUGUGCAGCAAUGGGCGGUGCAUCCCGGGUGCCUGGCAGUGUGACGGGCUGCCCGACUGCUUCGACAAGAGUGACGAGAAGGAGUGCCCCAAAGCUAAAUCGAAAUGCGGCCCGACGUUCUUCCCCUGCGCCAGCGGCAUCCACUGUAUCAUUGGUCGCUUCCGAUGCAAUGGGUUUGAGGACUGUCCCGACGGCAGCGACGAAGAGAACUGCACAGCAAACCCUCUGCUUUGCUCCACCGCCCGCUACCACUGCAAGAAUGGCCUCUGCAUCGACAAGAGCUUCAUCUGCGAUGGGCAAAAUAACUGUCAAGAUAACAGUGACGAGGAAAGCUGUGAAAGUUCUCAAGAACCAGGCAGCGGACAGGUGUUUGUGACUUCAGAGAACCAGCUCGUGUACUACCCCAGCAUCACUUACGCCAUCAUCGGCAGCUCCGUCAUCUUCGUGCUGGUGGUGGCCCUGCUGGCUCUGGUCUUGCACCACCAGCGAAAGCGGAACAACCUCAUGACCCUGCCUGUGCACCGGCUCCAGCACCCUGUGCUGCUCUCCCGCCUGGUGGUCCUAGACCACCCCCACCACUGCAACGUCACCUACAACGUCAACAAUGGCAUCCAAUAUGUGGCCAGCCAGGCCGAGCAGAAUGCGUCAGAAGUAGGCUCCCCGCCCUCCUACUCUGAGGCCCUGCUGGACCAAAGGCCCGCGUGGUACGACCUCCCUCCGCCACCCUACUCUUCGGACACGGAGUCUCUGAACCAAGCGGACCUGCCCCCUUACCGCUCCCGGUCGGGGAGUGCAGACAGUGCCAGCUCCCAGGCAGCCAGCAGCCUCCUGAGCGUGGAGGACACGGGCCACAGCCCGGGACAGCCUGGCCCUCAGGAGGACACUGCCGAGCCCAGGGACUCUGCGCCCAGCCAGGGCACUGAAGAAGUAUAAAUUCCAGUUCUUCCAAAGUCCAUAUGGGUCAGUCUGCUCUGACUUGUUACCAUUCUACCAACCUGUGUGCAUGGGAAGCUCUUCAAGCACCCUGUAAAGGUGUCUCGAGUUACAGUUUGGGGUGUCAGCUCUCCCUCCAUUCCACUCCUCCCCGAGAUUUCAGGGGUGUGAUUUAGAGGGUGACUUGGCAUUUUUCUGGCCCUUCUGUUGACAUGAUCUGUUGUGCAUCUUAUCUGGGAGGUCACUCUUCCUUCAAGACCCAGGAUCGCAGCCUCACAUUUCACGUCAUUCUUCUGUUUCUGUU